AUGGUGCUGUCGAGUAAUUGGUUGAACUUGGUGAAGUCAGAUGAAUCUGUAAAGUCGAGCAAAAAGAAGAAGAAUGAUGUUUCGAAGAAAAAGCGUAGUACUAAACCUAGCGCGAAGGUAAAGAAAGGAAAUGUUGAGGACAGAAAAGGAGCAGCAGGUGUUAUAAAGCCCAAGAACAGCUCCAAGAUCAUGGAUAUGGUGGCUACCAUGAAUAGGGAAAUUGAAAAAGUGGAGAAAGAAAGAUCGACGAAACGGCCUAGCGAGGCUAGCGAUGGGGCAGACUCUGUGUUGAAACAAAAAUUGACGGAAGACAUUGCUACUAAUAAAUCAUCCAGGACAAAUGAAGUGGGUAAGUACAUUGCAAUGGACUGUGAAUUUGUUGGGGUUGGUCCUGAGGGUAAGGAGAACGCGUUGGCUAGAGUUUCCAUUGUCAACUACUACGGAAAUGUGGUGUUAGAUUUGUUCGUCAGACCAGAAGAGCCAGUAACAGACUGGAGAACUUGGGUCAGUGGUAUAAAGCCUCAUAUGAUGGCCAAUGCUGUGACGAAACAAGAGUGUCAAAAACAGGUUGCCAACGUGUUGAAUGGAAGAAUCCUUGUAGGACACUCUGUUCAUCAUGAUCUAGCAGCUUUAAUGCUGUCACAUCCUAGAAAAAUGAUCAGAGAUACUUCAAGACAUAUGCCGUUCAGACAAAAGUACAGCGAGGGGAAAACUCCAAGUCUAAAGAAGCUCACGAAGGAAGUUCUGAAAUUGGAUAUUCAGGAGGGAGAGCACAGUUCAAUUGAAGAUGCAAGAGCAACAAUGCUUUUAUAUAAAUCGGAUAAAUUGGAAUUUGAAAAGUUGCAUAACAAGCAAUUUGGCGGGCCAUAG